GCUCGUCCCUCGGCAAAAUCACAACGUAUCUUUAUUGACUCUGUUCGUUUCUUCAAGAAUCGCGUGUUUCUUUUCCUUCUUAUUGUGUUAAAGAAAAUUGUAAUAAACCUAAUCGAAAAUCACACUUAAACUUCACGUUGUUCGAUCAUAUACAUAUAUAUAUGUAUAUAAAUAUAUAUAUAUGUAUGUGUCGCAACUUCGAUCGUACCUCAACUUCUUUAUUACAUUUUUCUGCCACGUGCUCUUUCUCGUUACUACAAUUAUUACUUAUAAUUAAUCUUUUUUAAAAAUUACACAUAUAUCUCUCAAGAAAGAUCAAUUAUUCUUUUCGACCGAUAGGAGUAUAUUUUGUAAAUAUUUUGAGAGUGUUAGCAGCACGCGAUACUUUAGUGUUUUAUUUUAAGUAUAUGAAGAAUGAUAUAAGUGAAAGAUUAAUUGAAAUAAAUUGAAUUGGAAUAGAGGUGAUUUAUCUAUUUUUAAAGUAAGAAUAGUAACGAACUAUUAAAAGAACUAGUUCUCCGAAGGUUUUAUUAUAUCAAGGACAAUCAGUUUACUUAUUAUUAACAUAUCGAUAAUAAAAAAACUAACAGCAAUAAAGAAGGUCUCAACGAGUCGUAAAACAACAUUUAUCGGUACCGUGUAUUUACGUUGCAAGGCAAUUAUUUCAAUAUUAAUAAGAUACAAUAUUAAUGAGUCGUAACAAUGUUUGUGUUACUGUUACGUACGUUUCCAACGAUUUUCAUACUACUUACGGUAACAAACGACGUGGUCUAUGGAAAUCCUGUAUCUUCGCAGAAUGAAAAUGGGGGACUUACUUUCCACAUUGUUCACACUAAUGAUAUGCACGCCAGAUUCGAAGAAACUUCUAAAAUGUCAGCACCAAUUUGUCCUAAACAGGAUGUCAAAGCAGGUAAUUGUUACGGUGGUUUCGCCAGAAUAGCAACAUUGAUUCGCCAAGCUAGAAAUUCGUCCAUACCAACGUUAUUUUUAAACGCUGGUGAUACUUAUCAAGGUUCUGUUUGGUAUAAUAUUUACAAAUGGAAAAUCGUAGUUAAAUUUCUCAACAUUCUCGCGCCAGAUGCAAUAAGUCUUGGAAACCACGAGUUCGAUGACGGUGUGAAUGGUUUGAUACCCUUCAUCGAGAAUGCAAAGUUUCCCGUUCUCGCAACUAAUCUUGAUCUAUCGAAAGAGCCGAAGUUAAAAGCGACGAAAUUAGCAAAUAGUACGAUCUUGUUAAUAAACAAUACGAAAAUCGGUGUGAUCGGUUAUCUCACGCCAGAGACAACGAUCCUAUCGAGCACCGAAAAUGUGAUAAUUAAUGACGAAAUACCAGCAAUUCGUGAGGAAGCUAAAAAAUUGAAGAAACAGGGUGUCAAUAUUCUCAUUGCUUUGGGUCAUUCCGGAUUCAACGUUGAUAAAAAAAUUGCGAAAGAAGUUGAGGACAUCGAUCUUGUCAUCGGUGGGCAUACCAAUACUUUUCUAUAUCGUGGCAAACAACUUGACAUCGAACACCCAGAAGGUUUUUAUCCUACUGAAAUUAUACAAGACAAUGGCAGAAGAGUCUAUGUUGUUCAAGCAUACGCUUAUACCAAAUAUCUUGGUAACUUUAGCGUUACAUUCGAUUCAAAUGGUGAAAUUACUCACAUAGAGGGUAAUCCGAUUCUCGUAGAUCAUAGCAUCGAACAGGCACCUGACAUUAUCGAUGAACUGAAUAUACUCAGGCCUGCAAUCGCUAAUAUAACUUCGAUAGAAAUUGGAAGGACUCGCGUAUUGCUCGACGGUGAUAGUAAAACUUGCAGACGGAAAGAAUGCAAUUUAGGAAAUCUCAUUACAGAUGCUAUUGUCAAUUACAAUGCCCAGGAAUAUCUUGUCAAAGGAAAAUGGACCGACGCUGCUAUUGCUGUUCAGAAUAGUGGAAGUAUUAGAGCAUCUAUUACUAGAGACUUAGACGAUAAGAUCACAAUGGGUGAUGUACUUGGUGUUCUACCAUUUGGCAAUACCAUAUUCAAAGUUUCUAUGACAGGAGAACAAAUGCUUUCAAUGUUAGAAUGGAGCGUAUAUAAUCUUCAUUACAAUUCUUCAGAUAAUUUAUUUGGUGCAUUCCUUCAAUUUUCUGGCCUUCAGGUUUUAUAUAAUAUUUCUCGUCCAGUUAAUUCGAAAGUUGUUUCCGUUAAAGUACGAUGUGCCGCUUGUAAUAUUCCAAGUUAUAGUGAUCUCAAUAAAACUGCAACUUACAAUGUUCUGAUAAAUGAUUUUAUGUAUAACGGAGGAGAUGGUUACAAGAUGUUAAAAGACCUUAAAUUUACAGCAAUAGGUGUUACCACAGCAGAUAUGGUUGGUCAAUAUUUGAAAAAGUACAGUCCUGUUUACACUGGUGUUAAUUGGAGAAUUAAUUAUGUUCACGGAGUAUAUUCUGACAAAGUUAAUAACGAAAGUAAAUUAUAUAUCACAGAUACAGAAUAUGUUAAUAAAAUUAAAAACAAAGAUACAUCAUCUGCCUCGGUAAAGGGAUAUUCGAUAAGACUUAUAAUUUUGUUAACGAUAUCUAUUGGAUUGUUAACGUAAUCGUUCCGUUGUAACGGUAACUUUACGUUAAGUUUGGCAGAAGAAGUACGACAUUUGACAGUAUUUACAACAUAAUUUAAUGACAUAUAAACGACACAGUUUAAUGACAUAAUUAUUAAAGACGAAAAAUAUGACACGUUGGCGUGUAUACGUUACCAUAAAAGACCGAAAUUGGAAAAUGCCAAAAUUCACAUGUUUGCUUGUCAACACAUACCAAAUACGUUAUAUAACAACACAUACCAAGACCGAAUAUUUAAGUUAAUUUUUGUAUAUUAAUAUUUCGGACAUACACAAAGCGACCACGAUAACAUAAAUACAAGUCAUUUACGGAUAAUUUGAAUAUCCUUUAACAUUUAUUAAUUGAUAAUAUAUUUUUAAGGAUAUAUUAUUCUAGUAAUUACUUUUCCACAAAUAUUCAUUAUCUUAUUACACGUAUUAAGUAACUUACAAAUACUUUACAAUGUAUAAUCCGUAUUUGUAUUAGUACUGGCAGUAUGUUUCAUUAUUGAAUUAUCUACCUCAGAAAAUAUAAGAAUUCGAGUAGUUUAUUUUUGCAAUGUAUAAUUUUUAAUGAAUAUAUAAUAAAAUAAUUAGCAAU